CUGGAUAGGCAUGUUGCCUGUUUGCUGAGAAGUUGUUUUAUGCUUGCUUGCAGGUAAUGGUGAUAGAGCAGAAUGGAUCCUUCCAGGUCCGGAUUCCCAAGAAUUUUAUUUGCGAGCACUGUUUUGGAGCAUUCCGGAGCAGUUAUCACCUUAAGAGACAUAUCCUUAUUCAUACUGGAGAGAAGCCUUUUGAAUGUGACGUGUGUGACAUGCGCUUCAUCCAGAAGUACCAUCUGGAGCGCCACAAGCGUGUCCACAGUGGAGAGAAGCCAUAUCAGUGUGAACGCUGCCUGCAGAGCUUCUCCAGGACAGACCGGUUGCUGAGACACAAACGAAUGUGCCAGGGCUGCCCCAGCAAAGCAUCCGACUCCCAGCUACUGCUUUAGAGUUGGGCCAGAGAAGAGGCUUUUUAAGAAGGAGCCGGGACGUCCACCAGAUGCUCUGGGAGUGGGCUUGUUCACCUGCUUGUGUUUUGCGCCUGGGUUUGCCUGCUGAGCCUACUCCUGUGGAAGGAGCAGAGCUGAAAGUGGGCACAGACUUCAACUAUGGUCGUGACACUGUAAAUAAAUGGAGGACAAAGCAGGGCUGGCUCCCAGCCAUUUUGGGACGCUGGCUGCAGUUGUGGAUAAACAUUGCCAAGGGUGCGCUUUCUGUU